UAUCACUUCCGGGAAGAAACCGGAGCGACAUCAUGUAGUAUGUGGCAUUACGGGACGAGGAAGGUAACGGGAAACGAGACGUGGUGCGCGUGAAGGCGUCGUGGACUACAACUCCGAAAAUGACGACGGUGGCGAUUUCCCCAGCUAUGGCUCAUAAUAACAGCGGAAUAAUACAAGUGGUGAACGAAAGUAACCUAAGUAAAAUCGAGAGCUUCCUCAACGACACGGCUUACAGAGAAGCCAUUGAGAAUUCUUCCAAUUAUAAUAGCCGAUUAUGCCGGGAACGACGUCUUCGCAUGCCCUUUCUCGAUUCACAAACGGGUGUUGCACAAAAUCAUUCUGCACUUUUUAUGUCCUCGAGAGAAAGAUUACCAGGCUUGUUACAUGGUCAGAUUUAUACUUAUCCAAGUAAACGAUGGCGAAAGAAACGUCGACAAUAUUUAAUGCAUUAUUUACAUCCAAAACGAGGACUAAGAGGAGAUACAGAAGAUGGAACAGAAGGUGUAGAAACUAUUACGCAUGUAAAUGAUGAUAGCAAAGAUUCAGUAGCACUUAAAGAUGAACAUAGUAAAGAUGCUUGGUAUUAUGAUGAACAAGAUAUGUUAGACAUGGAUGCCUAUGAAGAACCUGAUCCUGAUAGCGAUUAUGAUUAUGAAGAGAGCUAUAGCAGUAAACGUAAACGCAGAAAAACACGUGGAGGUGGUCAUCAUCCAGCUCGUAGUCAUCCACCUACCACAGAUAGUCCAGGCGGCAAACGUACAAAAGGUGGUGGCCGUGGACGCAAAAAGACCAACUACGACUCUGUUGACACUGAUAAACCGUUCGUUUGUGACCUAUGCAGCGCACGGUAUAAGACCAGACCCGGUCUGGUCUACCAUUACGGUCAUUCCCACUCUACUUCCUCCGGUGAUCCUGCUAAGGAACUAAGUCCCAGUCCUGCCGAAGUUGAACCUAGGAGUGUUGCAGACACCGCUGCUUCGAACCAGCCAGAGUAUAAGAGAGAAGAAAAAGAUCAUCCUAUAGGUGGUACACGUCGGGGUCGUCAAAACGCUACUUCCUCGAAUACCUCGAGUCCUUCCCCGGCGGCGCCUACCGCCGCACCCACUGCGGGAACGGCGUCGCAGCCGCAGCAGUCGCAACAGCAGCUGCAAUCGGCCGUGCAGCCGCCAGUUGCUCCGGCGUCACCUACCAUCCCACCGACCAAGGAAGAUCAUCUCCCGACGGCAUCUUCGCCUGGCGGUACCGCCGUUUCUUCGCUGCCGCCCGUAGAAACCGCAGGCACCACGGGCGGGCCACCCACACCCGGAGGACCAUCCGCGGAGAAGAAGAUCGGCGGUGGCAAGUCGUCAGCGGCGCAGCCGUCCCCGUAUUGCGACUUCUGCCUGGGUGAUGCACGUGAAAACAAGAAGACUGGUGGUUCCGAGGAGCUGGUGUCGUGCAGCGAUUGCGGCCGCUCAGGGCAUCCAACUUGUUUGCAAUUCACUGCAAACAUGAUCGUUUCUGUUCGCAAGUACAGGUGGCAGUGUAUCGAAUGCAAAUGUUGCUCUAUUUGCGGCACUUCGGACAACGAUGAUCAGUUGCUGUUCUGUGACGACUGUGAUCGUGGCUACCACAUGUAUUGUCUGUCUCCGCCUCUUGCAUCACCUCCCGAGGGCUCCUGGUCUUGCCGCUUAUGCAUAGCCGAAUUUCAUCGCCGUGAUUAAGUCCACUUUCAUAGAUAAGUCACGGAGCUAUCCAUUCGCUGUGGUAUAGCGGUCAUCUUAUUAGGAGAAUUAGGAGAGUAUUCACGGGCUCAUCCAUAUACUAUAGUAUUACUUAUACGGCGUUUACACACCGGCAAAUUUAUUCGAGAAGAAGAAAAGAAAAACUGAAUGGCAACUUCAUCGAUUUACUAUUUAUUAUGAAAUUUGCAUUGAUCAUCAAUUACCCGGUUAAAUUAAAUUAUGUUAAUGAUAAUGAUAAUGAUAAUAAUAAUAAUAAUAAUAAUAAUAAUAAUAAUAAUUAAGAAGAUACGUUUAUAUAGCAUACUACAUUAGAUAUCUCAGGCACUGGUGAUCUCAACGAGAUAAAGAUGUAAGGAAACACAUAUUUAUAAUUUAACUGAGGUAGCUUCUACGAAUAGAUGUAUAAAGAUAUGCCGCAACCCAACUGUUAGCAAGGUUCCAUAAGUGGAACGGAGACAAAGAGAUUACUAAUUUUAAAGACAAAGACGGAGUUCGAUUUACCGAUGAUGUUAGAUUUUACAUUCGUACUGAACAAAGUGUAUUUUUUGCUCAUUUUAGAAACUGACGCGUGUGUAUAUACACUCUACAGCGAUAUUACUACGUGAACGAACGAAACGAACGAUAGAGAUUUAAUUAAAGAUCGCUAAAUAGGACAAUACUCUCCUAGUUCUAGAUUCUACUCUACUCUUAGUCAAUGAUAUUUGAAAUUUUGUUGCUUUCCAAACUUUUACAGUUGCUUAAAUUUAAAAUUUGGCGAUCUUUCGAGUUUUCACAUUAACUCUUAGCUCCUCGCUAUCGACUUGACUCGGGCCACGUUUCAUAGAAAAAGAGGAAUACGGAAAAGAAAACGAAAGAAUUCAUAUUCUAGAUCAUGAUAUUAAUAGUAUUUGUUCCAUGAAUAGUGAUAAAUAGAAUAUUAUCUGUUUCUCUGUAUGUAUCAUGAUACUAAAAGCUUUUACACAUAGCUAUUAGUAGCGGACAUAGCUGUCAUAUACAGACUUGCAGUACUGGAGGAAAAUUAUAUUCUACAUGUUCUUCGUCAUUUAUAGCUCAGUAUUUUUAUAUUUUAUAUAUUAAAUGUACUUAAUUUAAGACGGCGCUGUGGGUGAUAUUUGGUAUAUAUAUUCGUUGAUUAAUACAAAAACCUCCUUUUUCAAUUUAUCGAUCUUAUAUUACCGCCUAAUUGUAUUAUCAUUAGACUCAUACACUCAAAUUUCUAUCAACUCACUCUUAAGUUCUUUUUUUUUUUCUAAUUAGAGCGACGGAUUUAUAUUUUAUAUUGCUUAUUUUUAACAUUAUGUAUACAAAUUUGAAAAUAAACAUUAGUUUAUACAAAUCGGAUUAUUAAGUUUAGAACAGUCUUAUUGCGUGCCAUUGUAUACUUCUUAUUCAACUCUCUCUCUCUCUCUUUGCAGGAGAAAGAAAUAUAAUAAACAAUAUGACUCACGAACAGGUGCUAUAUUUCAGGGAUUAGCUUUUCUUUCGAAUGUUACGAUUACUUUUGUAAUAUUGGCAGCGAUGUUUUAAGCCAAGGGGCACUACAUUCUACGAUUAUAGUAAAUAAUUAUUAUCCACAAAA